CCCUGCGGGAGGUGUCAGCAACGGCAGCCGGGACGCGGCGCAUGCGUGGGGUCGGCGCAUGCGGGCUCGGGGACACCGAGACCUCUCCCCAGGCAGCGCGGCCGAUCCAAUGGCUGUCCCACCAUCGUACAGUGACUUGGGAAAGUCUGCCAGGGAUGUAUUCAACAAGGGAUAUGGGUUUGGAAUGGUCAAGUUAGAGUUGAAGACCAAGUCUUCCACUGGGGUGCUGGAAUUCACUGCAACUGGUUCUUCUAACACAGACACAGGCAAGGCUUCAGGCAGUCUAGAGACCAAAUAUAAGGUCAAAGACUAUGGACUUACAUUCACCCAGAAGUGGAACACAGACAACACCUUGGGAACUGAAGUUUCCGUGGAGGAUCAGCUGGCUGAAGGAUUGAAGGUGGCUCUUGAUACUAUAUUUGUACCAAACACAGGGAAAAAGAGUGGAAAGUUGAAGACCUCCUACAAAAGAGACUAUGUAAAUCUAGGCUGCAACAUAGACAUUGAUCUCUCUGGACCAACCAUCUAUGGCUGGGCAGUGUUGGGCUAUGAGGGAUGGCUUGCUGGCUACCAGAUGGCUUUUGAUACAGCCAAGUCUAAGCUUUCACAAAAUAACUUUGCCUUGGGGUAUAAGGCAGGAGACUUUCAGCUGCACACAAAUGUGAACGAUGGCACCGAGUUUGGUGGGUCUAUUUAUCAGAAGGUUAAUAAUAAGGUUGAGACAUCAGUCAAUCUGGCAUGGACUGCUGGCAGCAACAACACACGUUUUGGUAUUGCUGCUAAAUAUCAAAUGGAUGAGAAGACUUCUGUUGUGGCUAAAGUGAAUAAUGCCAGCCUGAUUGGAAUUGGUUACACUCAUGCCCUCCGACCUGGUGUAAAGCUGACCCUCUCAGGCUUGAUCGAUGGCAAGAAUUUCAGUGCUGGAGGUCACAAAGUUGGGCUGGGAUUUGAGUUGGAAGCUUAAAGCAGCUUUGAGUGAAACAGCAAGGUGGUGCUCUGGAAGAUGAAGGAAACUUACCCAGUGUGUUUCGGCCUUAAUAUUAUUCUGAAAUUUCAAGAAGUGUGAACUUUAUACUCUUCCAAAGAAUCAUUUUAACCCAACACUGAAGUCCAGAGAGUGCCAGCACAUCAAAGAAAGAUACUUGAAGGCAUGCAUGGAAGUUGUGAUGUUUGUGCCACAUUUCACUUCAGUUUCCUGUAUUUUAAAUCUGUUCCUAAAACCAGAAGGAAGUCCCACCUCUCAUUAUUGUAUUUCAUCCUGCAUGUCCUGUAAUUCACAGUCUUUUAUAAACGAUGGUCUCUGUGUGUGCUGUAGUGGAAAUUUGGGUUUACAUGAGAAUGAAAUAAAUCGGUUACAGUUGGAACAUGA